GGAGCGAGCAGGCAACUGAGGAAAACGAGCUGUUUGUUUUCAGUUAAUUGUUAAUUUCAGGCUUUUGCUCCGGAACUCUUGUUCUACGACAGACUUCGUAGUUCCACUACGACAGAGUUCGUUGACGGACUGUACACAAAUUAGCGUGUAUGGUGUGGGAUGACAACCGUUUUCGAUUAUGCUCAUAUCAAGUAAUAACACAGCUUUAUUGCCCUGCUAAAUCAAAUGUUGGCGUUCGUGUAACUAACGAAGUAGCCAGAUAUUAGCGCAUGGAGUAAACGGGGUUUCAAGAAGGAGCCGACUUGUGGUUACUGAAGGUGCAGAGGACUAACACCAUAUGACAUCCAAGUGUGCACCCUCAUGCUGAUUGGAGAGGCCUGCAGAUUCGUUGGACGUGUCAGGUCUUGUGUUGUCAAACCCUUGGCCCGUCCAUUUAGCUCCAGCAACAUGGCAAAGAGCAAAUUUGAGUAUGUCCGCAACUUUGAGACAGACGACACCUGUCUACGAAACUGCUACAUAGUUGUGAGACUGGAUGGUCGAAACUUCCACAGGUUUGCGGAGGAGCACAAGUUUACAAAGCCCAACGAUGACAGAGCCUUGGGCUUGAUGAGCAGGAGUGCACGCUCUGUGAUGGAGGAACUAGAGGAUAUUGUCAUUGCUUAUGGUCAAAGUGAUGAGUUCAGCUUUGUUUUCAAGAGGACUUCCACUUGGUUUAAGAGGAGAGCCAGUAAGCUCAUGACCCAUGUUGCCUCCCAGUUCUCCUCCUCGUAUGUGUUUUACUGGAAGGAGUUUUUCGAUGAUCAGCCCCUCCUGUACCCCCCAAGCUUUGACGGGCGUGUGAUCCUGUAUCCGAGCAACCGUAACCUUAGAGAUUACCUCAGCUGGAGGCAAGCAGAUUGUCACAUAAAUAAUUUGUACAACACAGUGUUUUGGACGUUAGUACAGAAGGGAGGACUCACCACGGCUCAGGCAGAGGAUCGCUUAAAGGGAACAUUAGCUGCAGAUAAAAAUGAGAUCCUGUUCUCUGAGUUUGACAUCAACUACAACAAUGAAUCUGCCCUCCACAGAAAAGGCACCACUCUCAUCUGGGAAAAGCGAGCUGAAACUGUCACUAAACGCAUGAAGCUUCCAAAUGAAGAAGAGAAGGACGUAUCGGUGAGUCGCAGCAGGAGAAGGGUGCAGGCCUACCACUACGACAUUAUCGGAGACCAGUUCUGGGAGGAACACCCAGACAUCCUGGAAGAUGACAACUGCUAACGCCUGCUCUCCUGCUGCAGGAGAACAGCUCUGAACUCAGUCUGGCCAGAUUGGCUGAAGUGGACCCACAUGAAUAGUGACUCUAGAACCAAAUCUUGAUGUUACCCAUGAAGCUUAGUACCCUUAAAGGCCUUAAAAGAGCUUUUCCUGAGACUGAAGCUUUUGAUGAUUGACUUGUACAGUUACUAUCUCACAACUGGAAGAUAUUCUUACUUUGGUGCAUUAAACUUCUGUCAUAAUCUUCCCUUUUAAGUGGGAGGUUUUCUAGUUAAAUUGCA